AUGGCGUCGGGACGCGAUGUGCGCGACAUGCUCGGGCUGCCGAUGGGCGGUGAUGCGCCAAAGGCAGGCGUACAAAAGCGACCGAAGCCUUCGGGAGGAACACGAAAGAUUCCUGGUGUUGCGCGAGAAGUUGCAGCGCUCUAUGGCGAACGGCCUCCCCCGGUCGCAGUGUACGAAGAAUCGAAGGCAUACCGAGCGAAAAGGCAGAACACAGGACCCGCAAAGAAAUGGGAACAACAGCCAUUCAAGAACCCCGCGCGCAGCGACGGUCUUGUCUUGAAGCACUGGCGGCGCAAACCUGCUCCAGCACCACCUGUAGAAGCUCCCGAAGAUGCGACCAUGCAAGAUGGCGAGAACACAGAACCCCAAAUCGACGUAUGCUCCGAAUACGCCAAGUUCAACAUCGAAGUCGACCUACCCACCUUUACAGAUGACGAAUACACGGCAUACCUUGCGAGCGAAGACUGGAGCCGCGAAGAGACGGAUUAUUUGUUCCAGAUGAUCAGCGACUACGCAUACAGGUGGGCGGUGAUAUGGGACCGGUACGACUUUCAGCCCUCAGACAAAGCUCAGGAAGGCACAGAGAACGCGAACAGCGAGGCAGACCAAGCGCUGGCUACCAUGCCGUUUGCACCUCCCCCCAAAAAGAAUCGCACAGUGGAGGACCUUAAAGCGCGCUUCUACGGCAUAUCGGCGAAGCUGAUGAAGCAACGGAUACCAGAAGUGCAGAUGGAUGCUGAGCAGUACAGCACAUACGAGAUGCUCUCCAAAUUCGAUCCCGUAAUGGAGCGCAAUCGAAAAAUGUUGGCAACUGCUUUGAUGAACCGCAGCAUGGACGAAGUCAAGGAAGAGGAGUUCCUCCUCACAGAGCUUCAGCGCAUCAACAUGGCAGCGAAUCGUCUCGACGCCGAGCGCGAAGAGCUCCGAGCAAGACUGGACGCACCACAGCCCAACCAAGCCCUAUCUGCAGGCCUCCAGGCGUUCACGUCAUCACAAUCUCUACAAACACUCUUUCAGCAACUGUUCCAGCAAGAUCGCAGUAAGAAGCGCGCAUCUGGCGGUGGCACAGGACCUGGUAGACUCAGUCUUAGUGCGAACGACAUGGUUCACACUCCUGGAUCGGCGCAGGCACAGUUAUCCGCAGCGAAUAGGCGGCAAAGCAUGGCAUCGCAGCCUGUGGCCCAAACACCCGUCAAGCAUCUCUCGCCACACCAGGAGCACCGCUUUAAUGUCUCCACGCAUGAGCGACUCACAUCCGGAGUUACAUUCGGAGCAGACAAGUUACUCAAGAUGCGUCAGGCAAAGAGCAACGUCCAAACGCAGAAGAUUGCCGCCGCGCUUGCAGAGCUUGGCGUUCCAGACAUUGUUCCCAUUCCUACAAGCAAGGUCGGCGAAGUGUUCGAGAGCCUCGUCUCCAAGCUCGGCAAACUUCUCGACGUACGCAAAGUGCGCGAGAAGGAAGAAGGCGAAUGCCGCGUACUACAAAACAUGAAGGAGGGUGGUAGCGGUAACUCGCAAACUGGUGAAGGCACGAGCGAGACACCAAAGCCCAAGUCUGAAGCCCAAGGUACGCCCGAUGCUGAUGGGGACAAUGAUGAGGAUGACGAUAAUCCAAACUACGGCGAAGAUGAUGGGCCGGGCGACAACGACGACGAUGCUGAGGGCGACGAAGAUGAAGACGAUGGAGAUCACAAUAUGGAUGAUAUCGACGCUGAAGGUGAAGACGAGAGUUCAGUCCAGCCGAGUCGAGCAACAAGUCAAGGGCACAAGCGCAGCGCAAGUGUGCUCAGCUCAGGCAGUCAAGCCAGUAUCAAGCGGGCGAGGAAAUAA